AUGACAAACAACUUGGUUUUCCUUACAAUUUAUUUACAUUUUCAUAGUUUUAGUGUUUUUAAAGUUGUCAUUCUUUAUUUUUUACAAGGACUAUACUCUUGUGCCAAAAACAUCUGCCUAAAUGGAGGGUCUUGCUACAAAAGUGGUAGUGUCCUGUCAUGCAGCUGUGCUCCCGGUUACACUGGUCCUCUGUGUGAAAAUGACAUUGAUGAGUGUCAGUCAAACCCUUGUCGCAAUGGAGGCACAUGUGUGGAUGGGCUGGCAUCCUUUUCAUGUGUUUGUCUUCCAAGCUACACUGGACUCUUCUGUGAAAGUGACACAGAAACGUGUGAGUACGGCUGGCACAAGUUCCAGGGCCACUGCUACAAGCACUCCCCCCAAAGGAAAAACUGGGAUUCAGCAGAGCGAGAAUGCCGCAUCCAGGGGGCUCACCUCACCAGCAUCCUCUCACACGAGGAACAGCAGUUUGUCAACCGUCUCGGACAGGACUACCAAUGGAUUGGGCUAAACGACAAAAUGUUUCAGAACGACUUCCGCUGGACUGAUGGAAGCGUUGUGCAAUAUGAACACUGGAGACCCAACCAGCCUGACAGCUUCUUUUCCACCGGUGAGGAUUGUGUGGUGAUGAUUUGGCACGAGGAUGGACAGUGGAACGACGUUCCUUGUAACUACCAUCUGACCUACACCUGCAAAAAGGGCACAGUGGCCUGUAGUCAACCCCCUGUGGUAGAAAAUGCCCGCACGUAUGGAAAGAAGCGGGAAAGGUAUGAAAUCAACUCGCUGGUGAGGUACCGGUGCCAGACAGGCUUCAUUCAGAGACACGUUCCCACCAUUCGUUGUCGUGGAGAUGGACGGUGGGACGUUCCUAAAAUCACCUGCUUAAACCCUUCAAGCUACCAGAGAAGGUUUAUUAGGAGGCAUCAACACAGAAGUUUGUAUAGCAUCAACAACUUCCAAAAGUGGCAGGAGGACCCCUUCCAUUCAGGCUACAGGCGCUACCGGGGACGGAGAGACAGAAAUGAGCACAAAAGAAAAAAGGCUGUUAGCGCCCAGUAAAUGAAACGCAGCUGCCUGAUAGCUGUUCACGAAGAGGAAAAGCAGCAAAAAAAAAGCACAAGAGGAGAAGGUCAUCAAUGGAACCAAGAGGAUAAACUACUAUUCGUUUGCAUUUUGAAAGACAUUGGAAACUUAUGAAGUGCCUCAAACAUGUUAUUAUGAAACAUUUUGUAUAAAAGGGAACUUUGAUACAUCCCCAAAGCUGCAGUUUGCCAAUGGAAAACCACAUUUUCUUCUCAAAUAUCAGCUAUUUAAUAUCACCACAAGUGUUUCUUAUUAGCAGCUUUACUUUAUGCAAAUAAUGAGAAUGCUACUCAAAGUUUGGAUGAUCAAAUGCUGACUUUUUUAACGCAAAUAAAAAAAAAUCUACAAAAAAAAAAAUUGGGGGAAAUCUGUUUCAUAGGAUUUAAGUUUUUCAGAUUCCUUGUCCAAAAGUGCAACUUCCAGAGAAAGCAGUUUUUUGCUGGCAGCUUUCAGACACCAAACAUUCUGCUUUUUUUUUCUUAUUGAAUCUCUUUAGCUGUGUGCAAUGUCAGCUGAAAUAUGUAAAGAGGUAUAGCAGAACAAAGUUUUAUAAGAAAGUGUGCCUUGAGAAGCCCAAAAUUGUUUUCCAUCUCUUAACUUUGGUCAUGUUUACAUUGAAAUGUUCUGCCUUUUUCUAAUCCUAGCAAAUAUUCUUCUCAUUUAUUGCUGCUCCCUUAAAUCCAGUUUUCCUUUGAGAUUUUUCUAACUUGUGCUUUUUUUCUUUUUCUUCACUGAGCAUUUUUGUUUUUGUGGUCACGUAUUCUCAGCCACUGAGUGAAUGUAAUUUGUGAAACACUCAGAAAGACUUGAACGUACGACCUGUUUUUUAGGCAGAGAUUCCUAUAAUUUAUUUUCAAGCUGCUCUUGAACUCUUCACUUGUUUUCUACUGACAGGUAAAAUAUGAUCCCACCACCAGGGCCGGCGCUUUUUUUAUUUUUUAUUUUUUUUAUUGUUUUAAUGCGCGUUCGGCAGGAGCAGAGACCCAUUCACACUGUCUAAAUAGCAUGCAUUGAAGAUGAGAAAUUGCUGAGCGGCAUGAACAAUGUGCACGUCUUUUCACAUCUUUAACGCUGUCAGUGGACCAAGAAAAUCGAAAGGGCUACAUCAGCAAUAAUAUGCAAUGACUUUGUUUUAUAACGGGCUGAAUAUUUGUACAUGUGGGUGGUUUUGUGUUUCAACAGUGUUUUUUAAUGCUGUUAGGUUUUGACUGCCUGUGAAUGUGUUUUAGACCUAUUGUGCACAUAAUACCGUUUCAUAUUUAUGAAAACCAU